GGUCAACUGGGCACCAAAAUCUAGAAACCCAACAAGGUUGGAGGACCAAGCUCGAUCAUUACCAUUUCAUUUCUCCAGCUAUCAAAAUUAUCCUCUGAUUCUUCUUGAAUUGCUAUUCGACACUGUCUCCCUUGAUGCUAUACCCAACACUUCGAUUUACUUGCGCAAUGGGGGACUACGUCGCUGCUCCUCCUCCUCUAUCAGCUGGUCGAUAGCAUUUCAAGCCACUUGCCACACCUUUCCACCGCGCCCGCAUCACCGUCGCAUCGAGUCUCGAACCCUCGCGAUAUAGUCGCCGAUAUGAGUAUCUUUCACCGACGAAGCAGGUCUGCGUCGGCCUCGCGGCCCCAGGCUCCUGCGUCCGCAUCUGCCCAUAUGGCUGCGACUCAGGCCUUCCUGGCGAACAGAGCAUCUCAGUCUCGGGAUAAUCUGUCAGCUUCCGCUGCAGCAACUGCUCUCAGGACUAUGUCGCCUGCCCCUACCCCCGUCGACCAGGUCCAGACCAAGCGCAUGAUUCAAAGGCAAGCUUCUCUUUCUCAACUUUCUUCUGGAUCCGGUCGGGGAAGAUCAAGAGGCGGUCUACAAAGACAACACAGUUAUGGUUCCAUGACUGAGAGGACAUUUAGAACUCCCUCGCCGUCACCUUCGAGACAGCCUUCGCGUCCGGAGGCUAUCCAGGCACCACCUUUGCCGUCAAUCCCACAACAAUAUGCCACUGCUCCAACGGCAUCUGGGAAAAAGAAAAAACGUGCAUCCAGCCAGGGUGCUCCUCCGCCGCGAGUAUUGUCGCCGCCACCAACACAGCAGACCAACCGAGGACAGAGUCUGGAUCGUUUCGGCAAUGCCCAACCCGCAGUAGCGAGCCCAGCAAGCCAGUCGAACAAUGUCUUACCACAGGUGCCUGAGCUUGAGCGAACGGAUAGCCGCAAUUCCAUCAAUUUCUCCCGACCUUUAUCACCACGACCGCAAUCUCCCCUUCCACAGCUACCUCUAGCAAAUGGUGACAGGGUUACGAUGAAACCUAGUUCUCAGCCAAUUUCGCCGGCGCAAGCUGAAGAGAUCCAGUAUGAUCUUACACAGACGGCAAAUCAGCCAGUCAAGAAGAAGAAAAAGAAGGUUGCGCCCGCAGCGUCUGAAGGCAGUCACCUACACGGCGGGACGAUGGCCAGCAAACCUGUGGUACACCCUCUGGAACCUGCUUCUGAGCCAGCAUCACAGCCACAAGCCCCGGUUGGCGACGAAGGACAGCCCCGGGUUAGAAGGCGGAAGAAGAAGGCAGCUUUAUCCGGUCAAGACACACAUUUCCCACCUUCCGACACCUCAUCAAGAACGGAUUCGGAUUCGGAUUCAAAUGCUGAAAGGGCUAGAGAAAGACGAGCACAAAGAGCCUCUGGGACACUGGCCAAACAGCCUUCUAUAGUAAGGGAGGACUGGGAAGGUGAACAAGAAGAGGAAAGUGGUGGAGUGCAACCUGCACAGGUUCAGCCAACAAUCGAGCAAGACUUCGCUGCUGGUCAAGACUUCAUACCGGCACAGAGUAGGCGAGCAUAUAACACGGCGAAUGUGUCGAGAAAGAUUGAAGAGCCAGCUGCACCCGCAAAAGGAACUACCCAAACAGUCCCAGCAGGAUCUCAAGCUCUCAAUCCACCAAAGCAGUCCACCCCCGAGGUUUCGAACAACCUGCAGCUCACGGAACCUCGUCCACCAAGGGAAAAUUCUCUCAGUCCUUCUAGGUCCACCAGGUUUUCUGAUAGACUAUCUUCCGACCUUGCAGCUGGACGAAAACACGAACCACUCCCGCGGUCUGUCUCCCCAGCGAAAUCCGCCCUCAAGCACCAUUCACCUAGCCCAGGAGACUCUUCCCAACGUGUUCGUGGUUCUAGCGUGACCCCGAGCGAAUCUUCGGAUUUGUCCAGCGCUUCAGUGGAUGGUGGUCCCAAACGGAAAAAGUCUGUCCGGGUUAGCUUCGACGCACAGCCCGAGAUUGUAGGCACGUCGGAUGGUGUUCAGAGUACAGAGAGUCCGAACAAGGAGAAGAAAUCCUGGCUCGGUCUAGGAAAGGCCAAGCCAACGCUCAAUACUAUCCCUUCCAAUGACGACAUGGAGGAGCUCAUGAAACCAAGGCCUCAAUUGCCUUCGUUCGGCAGUGUCAGGGGUCAGAAAUUCCGCGACGCAAGUGAGGGGAGUAUUUCUCAAAAUUUAUCGAAGUCUCCCCCAUCGUCCAUAUCUGCUUCGACAAGCAGCCAGUCGCAAUCUACUGCGUCGUCUGUGAAUACUUAUCCUUCGACGGGAGUCUCGAGCGAUUUUGCCGUUGGCGCGAUUCUAGCACAAGACAUGCAGCACAAGGCGAGUCAUGGAUCAAAUGAGCCACUGCCUCCUGAGGUCACCUCGGUACAUGGUACCGUCUCGUUCUCUGACUCCGAAAGCGACACAUCUGAAAGGGAAGAAGCACCACAAGCUCCCAGCAGGAUGAAGGCAGAGUCAACCGCGCCCACAGCUGUCUCGUCAAAGCCUGCGACUAUCAACCAGCAAGUCACACAACCUGAGCUUGUUGGACAAGUAGAUUCACCAGUCGAAUUGCCAGUUGUGUCUGUCUCACCUCCCACUCCCAAGCCCGAGGAUCAAUGGGAGGUUGAAUUACCAGGAGGCUUUCCGGUGUCCCAUGAAGCUCUCGCCCAACUCGGUGAAUCUCAGAAGGAAUCCAAAGAGCCUGGGGCAGAACCAGGUGAUACUACGGAAAGCGAAUCAGAUAAUGAGAGUAUUUACAGCGAUGCUGCAGAAGACCCUGCCGAACUUGAUGGAACGGGAUUCGGCUCCAUCGAUGCUAUUGUUGACAGCCCGAUGGCAACAUCUGCACCAACAGGCAUCGCUUCUCCGCCUGAAAGUCCACUCGCGCAUGUUCCAGUGUCACGACCCCAACCGGUCUCAGUAGGCUCUUGGGAGCAGACUCAGGCACGAUGGCGCGACCUUGCAGAGCAAUCGAGAAGAGCGCCUGCGCCAGUCUCAUCACAGCCAAUUUCAGCGGAUCAGGCCGAACUUCCAGUCAAAACAUCCACAGAUAUAGCCUCACCAAGUCAGGCGGCACCUGUGCAGCAAAGUCUACCCGCUCAGCAGAAACCUUCCAAACCGAGGCCGAAGAAGACACCUGCCGCUAUAGCUGCUAGAGCCUCUGUUCCAGGCACCGCCGUUGCUGUAAAGCAACCAGUGGAUUCCCCACGACGCAAGAAGAAUCAGCCUUCCGCCUACCCAAACGUUGCCUCAGCUCAACCCGGUGCACCUCCUGGGCCGGCUUCGCAUUUCCGACAUUCCAUGAGAGCGGCUUCUCCAGUUGACACUGAGCUGACGAUGCGCAGAUCUAUGCGGAAUCGCAACUCUAUGCCGGCUCCUGCACCCGUCUCUCAGCAACAGCGACCAUCAACUGCUCCUUCGCACGCCUCCACGCAGCCGAGAGCAGCUCUACAAAAGAAGCACAUCCCUCCUGCCUCCCUGUCGACUUCUGCUGCAGCAACUGUGUCAGCACCACGAGCAGCACCCGUCCAACCUACGAGUACGAAUGACAGUGACUCAGAAAGUUCAUUUAGGAAAGCUCGCAGAAGUAAGUCCACAGCGGGUGGCAAGUAUACGAUGCGUCGCAGCAUGAGAGGUGCUUCAGAUGCUACCUUACGCGAUGAUGGGCGUAACGGAGUCCGAUCAGUCUCACCAGUGGGCCGACGGCCCUUCUCUUCGGGUGGUGGGCAGCACACAAUGCGUGCUUCAAUGAGAGGAUCCGUUGACAGCUCGGUUCCCACCCUACGCGGGUCGACUGAAGCAAAAAGAUCAUCUUCUUUAUUUGGACGACGACAAGAAAGCGUUCCUCCGGUGCCUCAAGCAACCAUGGCGAAGCAUCGCUCUCGAUUCUCGGUUGACUCCGACGAUGAGGACGACCGUCCCAAACCUGGGAAGUGGCUGUCACGAUUCGCUGCCGAUAGUGACGACGAAGAUGACUUGACUCCUGUUCGUGGAAUACCGCGGCGAGCUGGAGACAACGAUUCGACCGACCUAGAAGACAGCUCAGACGAAGAGAGACCAAAGACCCCCAUUCAACCAGCCAGGCUUCAGAUCCCUCAGAACGUCAUGUCGCCUGCGAGGAGUGAAGCAAUAUCACCUAAUACCGAGAAGAAACGAGGCCUAUUUGGACGACUGCGAGGCAAGAAGCAGAAGGAGGAAGCGCCAUCUCCCAUUGUCGAAUCACCACAAAUGCCUACCUCGAGCGAUCUUUCGAAGCCGGCGAAUCUCGGCUUCUCAUCCAAAGCAGAACGAGAUCGAAUGAUUGAGCAAACUCGAGCCCGAUUGGAAGCUGCUCAGUCACCGUCGCAACCGGCACAUCAGACGCACCACAAACUCCAACGACGUCAGGGGCCUCAACGGAUUAUGAGUGACUCGUGGCCUCUCCCUCCGAAGAUUCCAGAGAACGAGGAAAAUAUGGACAUUCGACCUAACACAGCCGACGGGCCGCCAAUGCGUAACGGGUCGACACGGCUUAACCGAGGCAGUAUGCGAACACAAGAGGUCCCCCUGGAGCCAAUUGGGCGAGGUGGGAAAAAGAAAAGAUUCCCUAUGUUGCGAAAAGCCUUUGGGCUGAAAGAUUGAGAGUGGUGGCUGCCCAAAUCCAAGCCACCAUUUCGCAAUAGAAUACACACAUGCCUCUACGGCACCGACUCAUGAGUUUUGUUUCCUUGUGUGCGUUUUUUCUAUAUCUACGUUAUUUGAUUGGAUCAAGCAUGAUAUGUAUGAUGGGACAAAGGAGGCCGAGCAAUCUGGAAUGGGCAGGGUUUUCGCAAAAAUGGUGCUUGAUCGUAAGCUGAUUUUGCGGAAGUACAGUACACAUAUGGAGGCAGAUGUUCUUAGAAAACAGUGCUGCAUAGUAAAUAUCUAAUCAGUAAUCAUGUACGAGUAACAAACAGCAUACCAGAGGGUUCAUAUUUAG